CAAUACUUGGAAAGAAUGGAUUCCAUAUAUAAUAACCCCAUUCGCCAAAGAAUAAACAAAAUAUUCGAUAGUCAUAUUGUGACAGACAACAGCGAGGCGUUGAGUACAGUGUCCGGACUAUGUUCGUCGAAUUCUGCUUAUACAAGAAGGAUACUUGUGAACGAAAUUGAAAAAAGGGACAUGUUAGUGAAUAAGGCUGUUUUAACUGAAUACAGUAAGGUUAAAGAUAAACUACAAGUGUUGCUGAAUUCCUUAACCACACUAGACACUGCCGUAAAAGAUAUGUCCAAUAGAUUACACGAAUCUAAAACCAAAACCCACCAUUUGAUAACGCAAACAACGAAAUUAAAGUAUGAGAGGAGGAAAACCGAGAAAAAACUUUUAUGGGUUAAUGCUUUUGUCAAGAAUUUCCAAAUUUCUCCAGAGCAACAAGAAUAUCUUUACAAUGUUUCAGUAAAGACACCUUUAACAAUAGAAUUUUUUGGGACCUUGUCAAAAAUUGAAAAACUUUACGACAACUGUAAAUCUUUAGUAAAAUGUUGGUAUCAAACCUCAGCUUUUGAUAUAAUGGAGAUGAUAAGCCUACAGCAAGAGGUGGCUAUUGAGAAACUGUACCAUUGGACUAUUGGAGCAUGUGUCAGUAUUGAUUCACCUAACAAUGCCUUGGUGCCAAAAGCCUUGGCAAAAUUUCAAAACAGACAAGUUCUAUUCUGCAACAUUAUUGAUGAAUAUUGUUCAGCUCGCAAAGUGACCAUUGUACAAAUGUUUAUUGAUGCGCUAACAAAAGGAGCUGAUAGUGGUUCAAAACCAAUAGAAUUUUAUGCCAAUGAUGCAAAACGAUAUGUAGGUGAUAUAUUAGCUUGGGUGUAUCAAAUUAUACCUAUAGAAAAGGAGAAUCUUGCAACUUUAUUCAAAUUUUGCAAUAUGCUAGAUAAAAAUCAACAUAUCACAGAUGCUCUAAUCAGUAUUAUGGAGGCAUUAUGUCCACUGCUGAAGGUUCGAGCAGAGCUGAUUUUGAAACCUGAUAAAGACCCAUUAGUCCUGUGGUCUAUUGCCAACCUGAUCAUUUACUAUAAAGAAAUUAUUCAAAAUAUCAUUCCAAAAGGACAUUUGAUUGACACUUUUGAGGAAUUAUUGAGAAAGAGUGAAGAAGUGUUUAUUAUAACACUAGAUAGUAAAAUACAGAAAGAGUUGAGCCAUGGUGUGAAGGCACCACCUUUGGACUUGAAUCCUUCAGUUGUUGUAACAGAUCUUGUAAGCUUUUUAAGAGAUCUAUUGGCUGUGAUGAACGUUUCAAACAACAUUAAAAGUGCAGAUAAAAAGAUCAUUAUAACACACAUUUUGGAUCCUCUCCUCCAUGCUCUUAAUGAAACUGCAUGCCACCUCAGUUCAACUGAUAUGUCUGUCUACAUGCUAAACUGCAUCUACCAUAUACAAUGUACUCUGUCAUUGUACACAAUAAUGGAUGAAUAUAAUGAAAGGCUUCAAGCACAGUCAGAGGCUCAAAUUGAUACAUUAACUUCUGAGGAAGCUAGCUUCUUGGUUGCAAAUCUGAACUUAGGACCAAUAUACACUAUUUUGCAAGAAAAGAUAAGCGGCCCUAUAUCUGCUAUUCCUGGCAUGGAUACAGCAACAUUGAAAACAUUUUUGAACAAGUUUGAUAUGUUCUUGGUAUCCCCAGAUGUGUACAUUUUGCCUCAAUUAAAUUUGCUCCUGAGUCAUACACACAAGUCACUGGUGAAAAAGAGGGCUUUUGAAGUAAUUCUUGCAAUAUAUGCUCAACUGUAUAAUGCUUUACAUGAUCCUGCAAAUGGUUAUAUUGAUCCACAAGCAAUUGUUCGGAGAACACCUGAUGAAGUUAAUAAAUUAUUGAUAUAGUUUUAAUAUAAUUUCAAUUACUCAUAUAUAUCUAUACAUAUUAUUAAAAAAAUAAAUAUU